ACUGGAAGUUAUGAGAGAGAGAGAGAGGAGUGAGGAGAGAGAGAGUUUGCUUGGCCACCCACCAAUACCAUUUUCACACAAUUUGCUUUACUAAUUAUCUGAGGUUUGCUUCCUCAUUCCAUCUCAAUUCAUAUAUUCGAUAUCCUUUUCGCCUUGGUUCGGAUCUUGUUUCUCUUCAAUUUGCAUGGCCGAUGAUUUCAGAAGUAUUUGUGUUCUAGGAACUGCCUAUUGUUUCCAUAGUGCAUGACUACGUAUCAUUCUUCAGAAGCAAGCUAGAGGAUGUGAUGUUGCCAGAUACCUGAUAUGCUUGGUUUUCUGAGAGAUUGGCAGCAUAGCAGGUGUUACAUAGGAGUAACCUUGCACUCAGCGAUGGAGAAAGAAAGGUCAAAUCAAACUAGUGCAGUCGGUGAGGAAUUUUGCUUGCCAACUGCAAAUGGGGAACCAAGGGAUGAUGGCUCACGUCAUAGCAUAGACAGGGAAGCAGGAUUGCCAACUUGUCGAGUUUGUCAAUGUGUUGAACCUGAUAGAAGGGGAAAUGUCGCACUGGGGUUCUUGGGUAUUUCUCCACCACCAUGCAAUCUCAUUACUGGCAAUGAGGAGAUGAAGUCUAAUUUGAAAGUUGCUUUAGGAAAUAUUGAAAAUAAUUCCCACUGCAGAAGUGAUUUGAAAGAAUCUGAGUUGGUGGAAUUUAUUAGCCCAUCAGGAGAGGUUUUUGUUUGUACUGCUGAUGUAGAAUUAGGUUUUGAUGACAACCAAGACAGGCUAUUUGAGCUCGGAUGCGCUUGCAAAAAUGACCUUGCUUUAUCACAUUACGCUUGCGCACUUAAGUGGUUUAUCAACCAUGGAUCAACUGUCUGCGAAAUUUGUGGAUCCGUCGCAAAAAACAUAAGAUCUGCUGACUUCAAAAAGGUAUUAGGAUCUUUAAAAGAGUAUGAAGCAUUAAGAGAAAGAAUCGUUAAUGGCGAACCUAAUCCUGCACCACCCCAAACAAAUUUUGGUGUAGAUCCUGAUGCUGUUGCUGCAAUUCGGAGGCAAAGGUUGAGUGAAAUUUCGUUGUGGUUUAACCCACAUAACAACAACUCUGUCACUGUGUCCCAGGUGGUCAGUGAACAACCUUCAACUUCUAACACAGUCAUGGAAGAAGUCGCUCCAGUUGAAAAUACUGCUACGAAAUGGGCUGUAGAGGGUACUGGAAUUCUGCUUGCUACGGGCCUGCUGACUGUUACCCUUGCAUGGCUCCUUGCUCCUCAUGUUGGAAAGAAAACCGCCAAAAAUGGCCUGCAUAUUCUUCUUGGAGGUGUCUGUGCAUUGACAGUCGUAGUUUUCUUCCGUUUUUUUGUGCUGACAAGAAUCAAGUACGGACCUGCUCGAUACUGGGCUAUCUUGUUUGUAUUCUGGUUUCUUGUGUUUGGAAUAUGGGCAUCACGAACGCAUGGAGCUCAUACAACGUGAUCCUCUCUGUAUUAAUCUUUUUCCUCUUACUAGUUGAUAUAUUCAGCUGUUUUUGUCUAUUUAUUAAUCUAUUAAGGAAGCCUAAAAUUUUUAUACUCCAUUUGUGUAAGUAGUGAAUGUAUAAACAGGUUGUGUUGAUUUUUUUGGUCAUGAAGGAUAUUAAUUAAUAUCUAAAACCAUGUUUGUUCUGCUUU